AUGGCCAUGUCUUUGUUGAUGCGUCGUGCACAGGGGCAGAUGCCCGGGCGUGCGGCACUGGUGCUCCGUCGAGGCUACCAUGAAGUGGUCCACGAUCACUUCAACAAUCCUCGAAACGUUGGAAGCCUGGACAAGGAGGACAGCAACGUGGGCUCCGCUUUGGUGGGCAAGGCCUCGUGCGGCGACGUGAUCAAGCUCCAGGUCAAGGUUUCGAAAGAUGGAGUGAUUGAGGAUGCGAAGUUCAAGACCUUCGGUUGUGGCUCGGCCAUUGCCAGUUCCUCUUACGCCACAGAAAUGAUCAUCGGGCAGAAGGUAGAUGAGGCGCCGCGGCUUGAGAAAUCUUUGGCGCUUGGCGAGCAAGUCCAUGUCUCAGAGAUGUGGGGUCGUGGCGAUGGGAGGAUCAAGAACACCGACAUCUCGGCGCAUUUGAAGCUCCCGCCCGUGAAGAUCCAUUGCUCGGUGCUGGCGGAGGAAGCCAUUCAGGCCGCCAUCGCUGACUACAAGGAAAAGCAGAACGUCACGGUAUGA